AUGGCGUUUGUAUCUACAACUCUAAAACCGCUUUCUCCUUUUUCACCAUUUGUCAAACAACAUAACCGCAAUAGUAAUACAUAUGUCUUGCUCGCUUAUCAGACACCCAACUCUACAAACUCCCUUUUCUCCAAACGAGGAGGAUCCGUGGCUAACAAGAAACACACGUUCGUGGCUGUUCAUGAUGCACAUGCACCGGAUCAGGUCGAGAGCUCCUGGACAAUACCCUUGUCGGAGGUUGUGGUGGUGAGAAAGAAGAGGGCAUUUUGGGAAAGGGGUUGGAAUUCUAGGGACGUGAGAAAUUUAGUCGUAGUCGUUGGGGUUCAUUUGAUGAGCCUUUUGGCUCCGUUCUACUUCAAUUGGGUGGCUUUUAAGCUUUUUAUUUGGCUCUUUGCGAGCACCGGACUCUGCAUCACCUUGUCUUUUCAUAGAAAUCUUUCUCACCGAAGUUUUGCUCUACCGAAAUGGCUCGAGUAUCUCUUUGCUUAUGGUGGUUUUUUGGCUUUUCAGGGAGACCCAAUAGAGUGGGUGAGCAACCAUCGGUACCAUCAUAAGCAUUGUGAGACAGAACGUGACCCACACAGCCCUACACAAGGGUUUUGGUUUAGCCACAUGACUUGGUUAUUUGAUACCGGUUCUAUCCUCAAAAAGGGUGUGGCAACUGUGUUUCGAUUCCACGCCGCAUUUCUAGUGAACUCAGUUUCCCAUAUAUGGGGAACACGAGCUUGGAACACACCUGACUUCUCCAAAAACAAUUGGUGGAUAGCGAUUAUAACAUUUGGCGAGGGAUGGCAUAACAAUCAUCAUGUGUUCGAGUUCUCGGCAAGACAUGGACUCGAGUGGUGGCAGCUCGACGUUACUUGGUAUCUCAUUUCGUUUCUUGGAGCUAUUGGUUUGGCCACUGACGUUAAGUUACCUACUGAUGCUCAAAAGAAGAGAAUGUCUUGGAAUUAG